AGUGCGCCUCGCAGACUCAGCCAGGCAACACCCCACUAGAACAAGAAGAGUGGCUUCCCCAGACUGGAGCAACUACAGAGUGUCUAAAACCAAAGAAGUUAUGAAUAGGACUGCCCCUUCCUCAGAUCCCCCCGUCCUUACCAACACAGGAAGUACUCGAGUGUGACUCGCACCGACUGGCUCUGCUCCUUGCAGCAGCCCUGCCCCGAGGGAUUCCUUUACUGACACAGUAUGACCGGGAGCCCCCCGCCCCCACACUGUUCCUCACAGCACCGGAAGGAUGGCUGAGACCGGGACAAGCACUGGGAUAAUGGAGGCAGCAGCCCGGGACUCAUGAUUAAGUUGCUUCAAUGUCCCUCCAAAAGUUCUGCCUCCCCUGGGAAAGCUGCCCUGCAGAUGUUGGAGAUCCAGAGAGACAUGAAGCAGAGAACGAUUGCAGUGUCCCAUCAGGCAUCAGUGUCCUGGAUAGGCUCAUUAAAACAUGCCCUGUGUGGCUGCAGCUGUGCAUGGAUCCCGAUCAGGCAGUAGAUAUUCUAAAAAAGCAAGGAGCAGGGGUAUUUUUAAUUACCAGAGAUGUGGAGCGGAAGUGUAUGGUGCUCUGGGUACAUGUCACCUCUAACAAUGAACAAUCUGAAGUUCUCCAUUAUAACAUCAAGGAGGAGAAAACAAUGAUGUACCUGGAAAGUUCUGUAUUGGUGUUUGAAGAUAUCUUUAAACUUGCAGCAUUUUAUUGUGUGAGUAGAGAUGUGCUGUCCUUUCCUCUGAAACUACCACAAGUGAUUGCUGCAGCUGAGACGUACAAAGACCUUGAGUCCUUUUCCAAUCUUGGCACAGGUUUUUGGGACUCAACAUUUACAGAUGAAAAUAAAUUAACUGUUGCAAAGCAAUGCAUAUGUACCAGCAAUGGAGAUUUCCAAACUUGCAGUGUGAAGUCCAGCCAUCAUAUACAAAUUGAAGCCAAAGGCUGUACGUGUGAAAUUAAGAUUUCUGUAGGAAGUGGGCGGCUGUGGUUUGUCAACCCUAUUUUUAUUGAAGAAUGUAGCAAUGUACUGGCUGCUGAGAAGCUUCCUCUUUCAAACUGUGUUGCAAAUUCAGAAAUUAAAACUCACAAAAUUGUUUACAGACGACCCCCACCACCACCUCCACCAUCUGUACAAAACCCACCUCUGCCCUCAGUUCCUCCCUCUGGUCCCCCUCCUAAUUAUAAACACUCUCAUUCCUAUACAUCUCCACUAAAAUCCCCUCAUCCCCCUUCUGCUGCUCCGCCUUCUUCUUGCUUACUUCGUUCCUCUUCCAACCAACCAAUGGCACAGUCUGGUCCUUCUUUAACAUCACAUGUUCCUUGUGUUCCUCAGACGCCUCCCUCCUCACACAUGCCACCUGCUUCACAAACUCCUCCUCUUUGUCAAGUGUCUCAAAACCUUAGCCAGUUAAAAGAUUUGCCCAAUGCAUUAACAGACGUUUGUGUGGAAGUUCAACCUCUUGCUCAGUCUUGCGAGGAAAUGAAAAUUAACAGCACAGAAGAAAAGAAAGACAGCGCAGAACAUGCCAUUUGUUCACUUGGAGAACAGAACCAAAAAUCUGCAAUGUCUGCACCAGCUAUUCCUAAAAGACGUCAGUCAGGAAAGAUUUUAGAAAACAAAGGCAAUAGCAUGAGAAAGAAGGAGCAGCAGACAGAAGGGCAAUCAAAAGACCAAGCAGAAGCUCACCUGAACCUUGAAACCAUCAUAAAGAAGUAUAAGGGUAUUCCAGAGCAGCAGUUCAUUUCUCAGGGGAAAAUAAAUAAACCACCUCCUGUACCUCCUCCAAGAACAAAGAAGCUUUCCCACAGGUGUCCACCUGCCCCACCAGCCCAAAGAUCUCCAGUUAAAGAUCUCCGUUCUCAGAAACAAUCAAGGCUUAGUGAUAUCAAGCACAAUGGCAGAACUUCUCAAUCAGACUUCUCCAAAUAUAAGGAUUUUGCUAAAAAUAAAGAGGGCUGCACUCCAUUGUCAACCAAGGAACUGAAGAGCUCAGAUACAUGUCUGAACUCCCCAGCAAGUGGCUUUACUAUUUCAUUAACCAAUCCAGAACAGGAUUCUUUGUCCACAAGCAGUGCUGAGGAUGACCAUGACCAGGAAAAGGUAUCCAGCCCUUCCAUUCGAAAGAGUCAUUCAUUUAUGUUAGAUAAGGCCAAAAACCGGUUGUCCAUUGUAACCACCAAUGUCUUUAGUGCUUUCAUGUCUGCUGAAAGAAAGUUGCAAAAAAAGGUCACUGAACUGGCUCAGGAUAAAGAAUCAUAUUUUGGGAAUCUAGUCCAGGACUAUAAAGCCUACAGCCUGGAGAUUAUGGGCAAACAGAGCUCAAGCACAGAGAUGCUUCAGGAGAUCCGUCUAAUGAUGACCCAGCUUAAAAGUUAUUUGGUACAGAGUGCAGAGCUAAAGGCCAUGAUUGACUCCACUGUCUACACAGAUGACCAAAUAGAAGCCAUUGUUGAAGCUGCCCUCUGUAAGUGUAUGCUGAAGCCUCUGAAGUCCCCCAUUGAGGGAUACCUGCGGGAAAUCCACACUAAGGAUGGCUCAUUUAGACUACUAAAAGAGAACCAGAUGGUUAUCCAGGAUAUCACAACCACUGACCUGGGAGUAACCACCAGUGUGCCUGAAAUCAAUGUGAUGGAAAAGAUCACUCAGAAGUUCUCAGUCAUGCACAAAACCUAUUCUCCGGAGAAGAAAGUAGCCUACCUGCUAAAGGCUUGUAAACUAAUUUAUGAUUCAAUGGCUACUGGAAACCCAGGGAAGAUACAUGGUGCAGAUGACUUCUUGCCUGUUCUUAUGUAUGUGCUGGCUCGAUGUGACCUUACUGAGCUGCUGCUGGAUGUGGAGUACAUGAUGGAGCUAAUGGAUCCAACUUUACAAUUAGGAGAAGGUUCCUAUUAUCUGACAACGACAUACGGAGCCCUGGAGCACAUAAAGUACUAUGAUAAGAUCACAGUGACUCGACAGCUGAGUGUGGAGGUGCAGGACUCCAUCCAUCGCUGGGAAAGGAGAAGGACUCUCAACAAGGUUAGAGUGUCUCGUUCAUCUAUACAGGAUUUCAUCACAAUCUACUUUGAAGAGCUGGACUCCAAAAGCAGGACUUUGGUUAUUAAGCCAGACACAAAUGUAGAGCUGCUGCUGCAAGAUUGCGCUGAAAAGUUCCAGGUGCUGGAUCCAAAUUAUGGACUGUAUGUGCAAGUGAAUGAGCACAGCGUGCGUCUGGCUGAUGAUGCCCUGCCCCACCACAUCAAAUCCAACUUGCUCAAGAGUGAUCAAAAGCUGGACUUCCAUUUUGUCUACAAACUGACCAGCGCCAGUGAUAAUGUGGUGAAAGAACUGGAUUUCCUUUAGCUCCUGUAUUCCAGUGAAAGUUUGUAUAAGCCAAGCACUUAUUGCAUGAAGCAGCUGCACCCUGAUUCACUUCUAAUCGCUUUGUGUAGAAAACACUGCUGGAAUAUGGCAGAAAUGUAUAUAAUGGCAUGGAUAACAAGCAAACAGGCUUUGCUUUACAUCCAAUAAAUGUGCCAUACAUUGUGCACCUGAGGAAUCCCUCUAGAACACAUCUCUUGUUUUUUUUUGUAAUAUCGGGCAGUGAAUGAACCUCUGAUCAUUUGUGCCACUCCAGAGCAGAGAAUGGUUUUGUUCUCUUCUAAUUAUACAGAGGGACAUAUUUGUAUAUGUAAAAAUCAGGACAGUAAUGUUUUCUCAACUGUUUUACCUUUUUUACUGAACUGUUCCCUGUUGGAAGGGGAAGCAUCACAUUCUGAAAUUAAACUGUGAUGUGCAUACAGUUCCAUACAGUUCUUUCAUGCUAGCCUGUGAAAAAUGUACAGUAUCUGGUUGAAACCAGUAAUAUAUUCUUCUUGACUGGUUUAAUGUCCAUUAUAAGUCAAAAGCAAAGCUUCUGAAUCUUUGUCUGAUUUCAAAGCUUAAUAUUUCAUCAGUAACCAGCAAAGCUGUAUAGCACGCAGCUUGAAUGGUAACACAGAAGUGAUUAAAGAGGAAUUUACCAUAAUAUUUUUAUUCCUAAGCAAGUGUUGUUGAAAACAAAAUCUUGGAAGAAUAAUGAAGUAUCAUCUACCUUUUAUUACUCUUUUAGGGUCAUAGUCCUGGGCAUGUUAUUGUCAUUUUUAACAAUCUCCAAUUAAUGCUUAUAAUGUGGAUUCACAUCAUGGGUGGGUGCCUGUCCAUAACAUUAUAACUCAUUAUAUCAGGCUGGUAAAGCCUUACAUUUGGGAAGAAAAGAAUGGAACUGCGCCACUACAAGCAUUAUUAUUACUUUCACAGAGCCAAGAUGAAACAGAGCAGCAAACGAUAUGUGUGGAACAGAUCUUUAUACUUAAUAAUAAGCACACAUACAUCUUUCUGUAUGCCAUGGAGCUGUUACAGUGUAUUUGUGAUAUUGUGUUUAACCUUUAUGCUCCCUGGCCCGGAACCAAUAAAUAGUACUUAAUUUUUUAACAUUUUAUACAUUCUACACACUAUACAAAUGCCAAUAAGCAAAGAAUGCAAGCCAGUGCAGAGCAUGGGGGCAGGGAUAUUCUCUUUUAUGGCCAUAAAUGAAAAGGAUUUACUGUAAUUUUGUUUCUUACAUUUAUAUAUUACUAACCUGUACAUACAGUAUAAGGGAUUUGUUACAAUGUAACAUCCAAAAAUAAAAGUUUCUAUAUAA